AUGUCUUCUGACACCAACAUCUUUGUCGACCUCACGUCCUCGCCCGGUUCGUCUCCUCGUUCUGCUGCGCGCGGCGCUCCUGCCACCGUGUCGACCAUCGAGCUGACCGAUCCUUCGUUGGACCUUGCCGGCGUGCGGGCCUCGCUGAGUGCGCUGCAGCAGUCCAUUGAUCAAGUCGAGGCACUGCGCGAACUUCGCUCGGAUCAUGAGGGCCUGCACCGCGAGUUCCUGGCUACACGACGCCGCGCGGAGGAUCUGGAUCGUCAACUUGCCGACGCGGCCAAUGCUGCGUCGCCGUAUGUACUCUUCUGUCAGCGCAAAUACGACUUGGUUCGUCACCAGUUGGAAUCCACCCAGACGAAGCUCGCCGAAUGCCUGGAUGCGUUGCAGGAGCGUUUUGACAAUUCUCAUGAGCUCGAGGCUUGCCGCCUUCGGUACCGUGACUUGAAGAUCCGCUACAACGAGGCUGUGUUCGAGUUCCAAGACCGGAUCUGCACGCUAGAGGCACAGCUGGCAGCCGCCUCUUCGUUUGGCGUGAUCGUCCCGCCCGAUACGGCUCGUCGCAUAGCGGACUUGGAGUCCCAGCUCGCGCGGUCCCAGAUUGAUUUACAAGUCGCGCGCGAUCGUCAAUCUGCCCUCGCUUCGGAGCUUCACGAAUCAGCUACGUCCCACAAGGCUGCUCAGGCUGAGGUAGCUCGUCUCGAGGCCGCGAUGAAGCGCAAGAACUGUCGCCUUCGUACCUUGAAUGACAACUAUGGGCGUCGCUUGAGGGUGGCCGAUACCACGAUCGCAACCCAUACAGCUGAGCUUGGCCGCUUGCAAGAUCGGGGCGGCGCAUAUCGCUACCCGUGA